CCCAGCAGCUGCUCCAGCCCUUCUGCGCAGCAGGGAGAGAGGCGGGUUGCCGGAGCCCUGGGGUGGGGGUGGCAGCAAGGGCCUUACGCGCAGGUUGCUUGUAAGCGGCCCUAGGGCACCCCAGCCAGGGGGCCCUGCUCAAACCACGAACGGAUCCGCACUGCGCGACACCACCUCGGCCGGCCCGGGGGGCAGGAGCGGGGUGUCUCUAAUCUUGUCCUCUAGGGCCUCCUUUAAACACCGCGCUCCCCUUUGCACCCCUUCGUGCCCGGCCGGCUACGCCCCCCGCGCCCGAUCACCGUGGGGCUCCCCUGAGCUGCGAGGCGAGGGCCCCAUGGAGCCAGGGCUGGGAGACCGGUUGCUGCGCCGCUUUGCCCCCGGCGCUCUGGCCUGAGCGUCUGGGGCCCUUUCCCCGUUAGGUCUUGGCCCUGGCUGCACAGGAGCAGAGCUCGCUGGACCCUUCCGAGGCGGCCCCGGCUGGAUUUUUCUCUGCGGAAGGGAAGAAAAGUGGCCGGACGGGCUACCUGGGGGGCGGGGGGGGGGCGCUGUUUGUUUGGCCAGCGUGAUAAAAGAGGGAGCGGGGUUUCUCUCCAGCCGCCUGGGGCCAUGGGGUCUCCGUUGCUGCGGGGUCUGGAGCUGGAGUUGUCCCCCCCAGCCCCGCUCUAGCUGUGCGGGUUCAUCGAUAACUGACAGGAGCGAAGCCCCCAGCGACGAUCCAGCCCCGCGGAUUGUUGCCGGCGCAGACUCUGGUCCUCAGGGCGGGCUGAUGUUUCGUGGACCUGCCGUGAGGCGUGUGGGCUAUUCUAAUGCGUAGCAAUCGGGAAAUGCUCCAGGAGAAAGGCCUGUCUGAAACGGAAGAGGGGUUUCCAACAGCCCAGGCACCUGGUCAUGCAGAAUCCACAGCGGGCUCCCCGGUUCUUGGAGUGGCAGGAGUCAGCAGCACUCCGCUGAGCAGCCCGCAGGGCCAGGAUCCGGAGCAGACAAUAGAAAACAUCAAAGUCUAUCUCCACGAGAAGGAACUAUGGAAGAAAUUUCAUGAAGCUGGCACUGAAAUGAUAAUAACCAAAGCAGGCAGAAAAAUGUUUCCUAGCUACAAAAUUAAGGUAACUGGGAUGAACCCCAAGACCAAGUACAUCCUGUUGAUCGACAUUGUCCCAGCUGAUGAUCAUCGGUACAAAUUUUGUGACAACAAAUGGAUGGUGGCCGGGAAAGCGGAGCCCGCAAUGCCCGGGCGAUUAUAUGUUCAUCCGGACUCGCCCGCCACGGGAGCUCACUGGAUGCGGCAGCUGGUGUCGUUUCAGAAGCUAAAGCUCACUAACAAUCACCUCGAUCCGUUCGGACACAUUAUUCUUAAUUCGAUGCAUAAAUACCAGCCGAGACUGCACAUUGUGAAAGCAGAUGAAAACAACGCCUUUGGGUCUAAGAAUACAGCAUUCUGCACACAUGUGUUUCCAGAAACAUCCUUUAUAUCGGUGACCUCCUAUCAGAAUCACAAGAUAACCCAGCUGAAAAUUGAAAACAACCCAUUUGCCAAGGGAUUCCGGGGAAGUGAUGACAGUGAUUUGCGUGUGGCCCGGCUACAAAGCAAAGAAUAUCCAGUGAUUUCCAAAAGCAUCAUGAGGCAGAGGUUGGUUUCCACUCAUGGCCAGCUUUCAACAAAAACAGAUGUCAACCCACUCCAUGGGAAUCACCAGACCCUUCAGCAUUAUCAAUAUGAGAAUGGUGCUCACAUGCCAUUUGCUGCUUCGGAUACUCAAGAUCUACCACUCAACACCUUCACAGCACAGAGAGAUUCAGGGCUCUUUUAUCAUUGCCUGAAAAGAAGAGAAAGUGCUCGGCAUUUAGACCUGCCCUGCAAACGCUCCUAUCUGGAAGCCUCCUCUUCUGUAGGAGAAGAUCAUUAUUUUCGUUCGCCACCUCCAUAUGACCAGCAAAUGUUAAGCCCUUCCUAUUGCAGUGAGGUGACACCUAGGGAAGCUUGUAUGUACUCAGGUUCUGGUGCUGAAAUUGCAGGUGUCUCAACAGUCGAUGACUUGCCACCUCCUCCCCCUCCCCCUUUGAGCUGCAAUAUGUGGACUUCUGUUGCACCUUACACCAGCUACAGUGUUCAGACAAUGGAAACUGUGCCUUAUCAGCCUUUCCCUGCUCAUUUUACUACCACCACCAUGAUGCCAAGACUCCCCUCUAUCACAAGUCAAAGCUCACAACCACCAGGUAAUAGUCCCUUCAGUGUCUACAAUCAACUGUCACAGUCUCAGGUUCGGGAGCGAGUUCCUCCCUCAUCCUUCCCGAGGGAAAGAGUGCACCCAUCUGUUUGCGAGAGGAAGCCCCCAUCUCCGCACUUAAACACAGCAAAUGAAUUUCUGUACUCACAAAGCUCACUCUCGAGGGAAUCUUCAUUACCAUACCAUUCAGGAAUGGGGACUGUGGAAAACUGGACUGAUGGAUGAUUCUAAGGAACAAAACAGCUAGUUUUACUACUCCUGAACAAUGUUACUUCAGUGUUAAUUCCUGUGGGUAACUUGCACUUCAGUGAAACCUACACACAUGUAUAUUUCCAAAGGUGUGUGUGGCGUUUGUAUCUUUACGCACAUACAAUUCAAUGGAAAUAACAAUUCUGUACAAAGUAACUCUUGGAUCAAUGGCCUGGAUUCACCAAUCUUUUCUAAAUUAAUUCAGUCCUACUGGCCCCUAAGAACCAUCCGAAUGACUAAAAUGUGGUGUGGCUGGUCCUUUUUCUUUGUUUAAAACAGCAGAUUUUGGGAGAAAUUAUUACCCUUUAAUUGUUAUGGCUCUAUGACUUCAUGAGCCACAAAAACUAAGACAAAACAGAGCAUAUAGUCCAACGUCUGUAAGUCAGAGCUCUUUUCAUCUAGGAUUGUUCUUUUUCUAUCCUCAGCAGUGGAUAAGCAUUAUCAGCCUGUUUAUAGCCAGGCAAGCAGAAUCUCAAUGAAGUUACUUGCCCUGAGGCUGCAUAUGCAAGAAGCCAAGUGGAGAACUAGGAACAGAACCCAUGUCAUCUGAUGCCUGGUUCUGUUUCUCCCAGACACUGAAGCAUACUGAUUCCUUGCAGUAUAGUGGCUUGAGAUUUGUCCUGUCUAGUUUUAAAUGGCUCUAGAAAGGGGGAUACUAUUUCACAGUGUAAUAGGCCCUAAAUUCUCAUUUUCUUUGCACUGAACUGAAGGGAGUUGUUUCAAGUAUGAUGGAGGCAGUGGACCAAUUUUUUUUUCCUUUUUUUAAUUAAGGGUGUCAGAUUUUGCAAUGGACAAAAGUAUCAGUGGAGGUGUAAAAAGCUGUGACCAAUAUAUUUGUUGCUAAUAUUUUUACUAUGGAAUUAUUUCCAGAUGACAAAUGGAAGGAUACUGCCUUCAAUGAUCAAAGGCCUGCAAGAAUUCAUCCAUCCAUCCAAACAAAAACCCAGCCAUUAUGAGAAAUGGACACUUAGGGGGGAAAUUCUGCAUUCUUUAUUAAACAAAACUCCCACUAAUGGCAAUUGAAUAGUUUUGUUGGGAAGGAAUUGCAUCUUCCUCUAUGUAUAUAGAAGAAAAGGAGUACUUGUGGCACCUUAGAGACUAACUCUGAAACCUGUCAUUAUGCAAGGCACUGAAUUAGCCAUACGGAGUGGAAUCUAUCAACUUCAUUAACAAAUUUAACGAGUUUUUUCAUGAAGUUGAUAGAUUUCCACUCCUUAUGGCUAAAUUCAGUGCCUUGCAUAAUGACAGGUUUCAGAGUUAGUCUCUAAGGUGCCACAAGUACUCCUUUUCUUUUUGUGAAUACAGACUAACAUGGCUGCUACUCUGAAACCUAUGUAUAUAGAGCACAUUAAGUCUCCAGUCCGAUGCAGGACCACCAGCUGUUACUGUAGAACAAAUAGAAGGAUACAUAGAAAUAACAGUAGGAGUUUGGUUCAAUUAAAGAGUACAGAAUUUGGCCUUUAGCCAUCAAUAAUUUUGUCCUGUUUGCCGAGCAGUCAAUGAAUAGGUGGAGGAUAAAAAUAUAUAUAUAUAAAAAAUUGAAGUCACUUCUGCUCUUUGCUGAAUCCAUUCCAAUGAGGAGAGAUUGAUGAAGAUGAUGUUUAAGCUAGACAAGCCCAAGGGCACUGAAGUGAAGGUUAUUUUUAGCCAGGACAUUCAUAUCCCAUUCAUGUGUGGACUUUGUAAUCAGAUUUGGGAAAUCACUACAAUUUUUGCAUGCUGAAUAGCUAUUUAUAUAUAUAUAUCUAUAUAUAUAUAUAUAUAUAUCACAAAUGCAGGCCACCUGUCCAAUUCAGCUUUGCUUUUUACAAAUGAAAUACUCAAUAAAAAUGAAUGUUGCAAGGGGUUUUUUUUUUGAAAGACAUCUAUUUAAGAUUUUUUUAAUUACACACUUGCUGUAAAAACUAAGAAUUCGUUAGACAAAAGACAUAUAUACCACAGAUGAAACCACAUUAGAUACAGGUGGUGUGGAAUUUUUAAAAUGUUUUGUUACAUAGCAUGGACAUUUAAUUUUACAUAUCAGAACAUAAAGCCAUUUUAUUACUAUAAA